GGGAAAACUUUUUUUUUUCGCUCAUGAAGCUCUAAUACUAAUCAAAAGCACAGAAGAAGAAAUGAAACAUUUUGGUGGGGAUAAAAAAAGUGGGUACAUUUCACUGCCUUUCAUGCACUAAUUCUAUAUCAACAUCAGAUACAGUGUGGUAGGAUACAAAGCACUGUGCAAUGACAGUUUAAAUGAUUUCAUGAAUCAGCAAAUCAAAGUUUCCACACUUAAUUCAUCAGUUUUUACAGGACCAUGUAAGCUGGGAUAACUGUUUUUUUACCUUCAUAAAUGAAAUCAUCAUUUAAAAACUGCUUUUCACUCAGGUUAUCUUUGUCUAAUAUUAAUUUGAUUAAGGAAGCAUGACAAUCACGAAGGGGGCAAACACCUUUUCUUCACCACUUGUAAAUUGAUGCCCUGUUUCCCAGUGUUAAUUUCUUUUAAUUACUACCUACAGAGUCAGUUUGUGGUUAAGCAUUCAAAAAUAAGCUGCAGUUGCCCUCAGAGACAGAAUACAAGGAUAGGGAUUUGAUUCUAUAUCACUUAAGGUGGUCACUUAUUUACUAGUAAGCCAGAAGGUGAGUGUGUCUCUAAGAUGUUUAUCACUGUGGUGGUUUUAUUUUAUUAUUAUUUCAGUAUGUGACUAUUUAAGAUUAUGAGCACAUUAUUUGGCAUCCUGAUGGCUUUGUAUGUGAUAUCUGUCUGUUUACUGCAAUUAUGAAAAAGCCCCAAAGCAGCUAUGAAGUGCAAGUUAUACAUGACUGGACCUUUUGGAUGGUCCUGAGCCAAGACCCCGUUUACGCCGAGCUGAGGAAAGACGAGAGGCUGACGAAAGAAAGCUGAGAAAUUCUGCAGGCGCAGGUCUGCAUCCUGCUCAGGAAAAUAAGUUCUCUGAAGAAGAUCCACAGUGAGCUGGGAGCAGAUUUACACGACAAAGGUGAAGCCACCAAGUUUACCAUGAAAUGCAUGACCCUUGAGCUCAACAUGCCGAGCUCCUGUCUGCCUGCCGGUCAGUACAAGCCUCUCCAUGUGGGCUAUGACACAUGGCUCUCUCACUGCAAAGACCUGAAGACGGCGGCCAACAUCCUGAUGAAGGACUCUUCUUCCUUCAGGGGAAACCUGAGGUUCUCUCUGGCCAAUGUAAGAAAACCCUCAGAUCCAAGGCCGAUCGCGUGUUUGCCAUUUCUUCUAUGAUGACAAUUUAAAUUUUAUAGAUAAAAAACGCCCACAAGUGUCAGCGCCGCAGGACAGACGGCGCUCUGAGGAAGAAAAUCUACGAACUGACCAGAAACCAGGAAAUGCUGCUCUUGAAAAGAAAGCAGAUCAGUGAUGACAUUUCUGAUCAGACCAAAGAAAUACAGAAACUGAAGUGUGAGAUCAGGAGCUGUGACACCAAACUGGAUCAUGCUUCCCAACGCCUGGACAUCCUCAACCAGAGACCUGGAUACGAGCUCUGCUGGGACUUGCCGCACAUCAGCCUCACGCUGGAGAAUUACGACCUGGUAAAAAUAGGAGCUGGACUUCGCUCGGCGCUGAAGUUCUCUCAUCAGAACCUGGAGCUCCAAAACAAGCACCUGAUGAUUGUCGAGGAGGAACUGUCCAAAAACGCUCACAUCCUAGGGGUGGAGCAGAAGUGUCAGAGCCUACUUCAGACUUUCCAGCCUGCCCAUGACACCGUCGUGGUCCUCGCCAACAAGGCCAAACUUCACAAGACCACGAGCAGCUCCAGCUGUCGUGAAUGCUUUCAGUAGGGCGCAUCUGCAGUCUUUUAUUCAUUAAAACACGUAUGAGCAAACUCCCCUCGACUUUUUUGGAAUCAGUCUGCGCUUCCUUUUUGUUUUCAAGACUGAAAUGCUUUGGAAGAUAUUCUGUUUUUCAAAAGAUUUAAAAAUGAUUAAUAAAUCACAUAUCUGACACGGGCACAAAAGAAGAUAGACGUAGAUUUUUUCUUUCCUUUUAAAAUUUAUUCCUAAAAAGAUGUUACAUGCUUUUAUUUAAAAAUCAAACCUAUUAUUUACAACGAUACAUUGCAAUAAAUAUGUUCUCCCUAAUGGUGUUUGGGAGCUGAAACAUAUUUGGUAAACAACAAAAGGGAGGCAGUGAGCUCCCUUUUUUGCCCACUUGAUGAACCCUUUACUUAAAAGAAAAUAAUGGAUAAGACAUGAGAAGAGACAGCGACAGAAAAAUCAAAAUCAGAACUAUUUUCUUUCACCUUAGUUUCAAUAUGAUUCCUUUGAACUGCAAACUAAUCAUCUUAAAGCCCAAAUAAUUAUGUAAUUACAAUUAUAUACGAUACUACAGCAAAAACCUGUUAGUAGAAAACAAAUGUAGUAAAUUAUGUUUAAGUCAGAAAUACAAUUAGGGUAUGAAAAGUGAAAAGAAAAGAAAUCUGCUGUUAUGCAGAUUUUUCCUGUAUCAUGUUUGUUUAUUGGUUUGCUGCAAACCCCGGGUAUAAAAUAGGCUUCUCGAUGUUACAGUAUGAAGUUCAGCCACUGUUAAUGCAUUUAUCACACAAAUCUGGAUAGAAAAAAAAAGGGGG